GGGUUUAGGUUUAGGAGAGGAUGUGACUGCAAAGCCAGGAAGCUACGGGGAAACUUCUGAUUAAAACACACAAACAAGAGCCAGGUCCCGCGGUGCUUGGCGAUGCAUCCGGGGCCGCUGUGCCGCUUUAGACUGGGCCGGGGGCCCAGCUGAGCAAAGCGAUUGCAUCCCAGCUCACGUCAAUGACCUCAGUGACAGGCAUCCCCUCCUCAGGAGGAAAGAGCUGGAACCAGCCUCUGACCCGUCCUGGUGCCCUGACUGACCGGCCACAAGGACAGAGAGUGAAUCUUGCUCAGCCCUUGGGGAAUCAGUCUGCUCGACCAAGGAGCCCCGUGGCGCUGGAGGUGGCACCAGUGUCCAGCCUGCCUCGAGGAGGCCCCAGCCAGACCAUGGCAGGAGCCUGCGACAAGGCCCCUGACUUCCUGUCCCCAUCUGGAAACCAGGUCCUGGGGCCUGCCCUGGGCAGCAUGGUCACACUGAAUUGCACAGCCUUGGUGGUUUCGGGACCCCACUGCCCCCUGCCCUCAGUACAGUGGCUGAAAGAUGGGCUGCUGCUGAGCAAUGGAAGCAUCUAUGACCUCCAUGAGGACGCCUGGGUCAAGGCCAACUGGUCAGAGGUGCUUGUGUCCAGUGUCCUGGGAAUCAACCUGACCGGAGCUGAGGACUUCGGGACCUUCACCUGCUCCAUCCAGAACAUCAGCUCCUCUUCCUUCACUCUUUGGAGAGCUGGCCUGGCUGGACAUGUGGCCGCGGUGCUGGCCUCACUCUUGGUCCUGUUGGCCCUGCUCCUGGUGGCGCUGCUGUACGUGAAGUGUCGGCUCAAUGUGCUGCUCUGGUACCAAGACAAGUAUGGGGAGGUGGAGAUGAACGACGGGAAGCUCUACGACGCCUACAUCUCCUACAGCGACAGCCCUGAGGACCGGAAGUUCGUGAACUUCAUCCUGAAGCCGCAGCUGGAGCGGCAUCGUGGCUACAAACUCUUUCUGGACGACCGCGACCUCCUGCCGCGUGCGGAGCCGUCGGCAGACCUCCUGGUGAACCUGAGCCGCUGCCGGCGACUUGUGGUGGUGUUGUCGGAUGCCUUCCUGGGCCGGGCCUGGUGCAGUCACAGCUUCCGGGAGGGCCUGUGCCGGCUGCUGGAGCUCACGCGCAGACCCAUCUUCAUCACCUUCGAGGGCCAGCGGCGCGACCCCGCGCACCCUGCGCUGCGCUUGCUGCGCCAGCACCGCCACCUGGUGACCCUGCUGCUCUGGAAGCCCGGCUCUGUGACGCCUUCCUCCGAUUUUUGGAAAGAGCUAAGGUUGGCGCUGCCACGGAAGGUGCAGUACAGAUCGAUGGAGGGAGACCCCCAGACCCGGCUGCAGGACGACAAGGACCCCAUGCUGAUUGUGCGAGGCCGGCUCCCAGAGGGUCGGACCUUGGACCCUGAGCUGGACCCCGACCCCGAGGGGGACCUGGGUGUACGAGGGCCUGUCUUUGGGGAGCCGCCAGCUCUACCACAUGCAAGUGCAGUCUCGCUUGGAGAGGGCCGAGGCAGUGAAGUGGAUGUGUCAGACCUUGGCUCCCGAAACUACAGUGCCCGCACGGACUUCUACUGCCUGGUAUCGGAGGACGACGUGUAGCCCUGCCCCCUGGAGCAGUAGGGUUGCCAAGGGCGCCGGGGGGCAGGGCCGGGUGUUUUUAAUCCCACACAGCAGGACCUGUCUACUUGUAGUCCUGGGACCUCAGGGAAAGAGAGUGGCCCCAGCCCCAGCCAGCUGUCCGCCUCGUGCCAGAAAUAAAGAACUUUUGAAUCCCA